GUUGUGCUCCAAUUAUUUGCUUUUUUUAUUUGGAACCUGCAAUAAAGUGUGUAUUUCAUGAAACUGCAAGUUGGGUUUUAAUUAUUUCUUUGUUUAAGAAUUAUUUUUGGCUUCUUUUUUUUUCCAGACCCCUCUCCCACUUUAAAUACCAAAAUCAGAAACAAAUAAAUUAUCUGGGGAGGAAUCCCUCCCCAAUAUAAAAAAAUAAAUAAAAUAGGCCGACAGUUGAUCCAUAAACCUAACCCAAAGCCUAAGGCCACAAGUAAGCAGCAACGGUUAACAGCCGUAAAAACACAUGGAAUUUGAAAAUGAACAAAAAACCCCAUAAAAAUGGCAAAAAAAAAAAGCCAAAAAUAAUUCUAAAACCAAGAAAUAAUUAAAACCCAACGGCUUUACCAACCCAACUUACAGUUUCAUGAAAUACACUUUUACCCCAACUUACCCUUAAAAUGAAUGGCAUGCUUGUUAAAAAUAGUCUAAAUACACCUUUACUAAAUAUUGAAAAAGGCCUAUCCAAAGAAAGCUACUGGUAUCUAUAAAGAUUCUUUAGCACAAAUUGCAGCUGAGACUUCCACUGGAGGAUUAGUCACACUAGUCACUUAUGUAGGUUUCAUUAAAAAAAUAAGCUACAUCCAUUCUCUUCCUGAAGACUGAGAGAGGCCAAAGAGCUUCUUCAGGAAUCAAAAUAUUAUUUGCCACAGUAUCGUUAAUUUUUAGGCUUUUACACUAAUAUAAAUGAUAGAAUUGUUUGACAGGUUUAAAAUAACUUUUGCCCCCUCAUGAUUACUUUGUAUUAGUCCAAUGUCCAUUUAAUUUCCUUGUAAAUCAUUUUCACCCUAUGACAGUGGGUCAAUAUCAGCGUCUCUAAAGCAGCAUGUGGCACUUUGUAAGAAUAGAUUCAGCUCUCUAAUUUGUUUAAUUAACGACUUUUGAGCUUACAGCCCCUCUCUGUGGCUCGGCUCUUGACCCUGAAUAAUUUCUCAGCAUACAUAAUUUAUAAAAUGACUCCUCACUCAAAAACCGUUAUCAUCCUCUGAAGUUAAGCCUUGAAUUGCUCAGUACAUAAUUAACCUAUCAUUUCAAUAUUUCCAACUCACAUUUAUCCCCUUAUGUCUUCUAAAGAUAUACAAAAAAUAUUUGUUCUGUAUUAUUUUAGGGUUUCUGCACCUGUUAGACAGGCCCCUGCACCUGUCAGACAGGCCCCAGCCCAAGUACCAGCUCAUGCGCCACCACCUCCUCCACCAGCAACGUAUGGCCCACAACCUAAACAGCCUGGUAUGUUUGCCCAGAUGGCAACUACAGCUGCAGGUGUAGCAGUUGGCUCAGCAGUGGUCAGUACUACAAUUUUAUUAAUUUUGGCCUGUUGUAAAUGUCAUUGCUUUGUAUGAAAAUUAUUUCUCAACUUCAUUAAACAUGCCUCAUUUAAAGGGGGGAGGGGGGGGAAUAUUCGCUCUGACAUAAUAAUAUCUCUCCUUGUUAUUUUACAGUAACAAUUAAAUCAUGCACCCCCUUCAGAUUUCUUUGAAUGUAUGAUUCUGCAUGAUUUAAAAAAUAAUUUUAAAAAUGUAUCUUUGUGUUAGUAGUUGCUAUUAUUAGUAUUAUUAUUAUUGCAACUUUUGUCUAUCUCAAUUGUCUUUAGUUUGUUCUCAUUUACAAAUAUUUAGGAACGUAACAAAAUCAUUUAAGCUACUUCAAUUUUAAAAAAAAAGUAACUUCUCUAGGAUCUGGAAUAUGGAUAAAUUAAGAAAAUCGUUCAGCUGAAAGGAAUUAUGCUAUCAGCUUUAAAAAAAAAAUCCCCUACUUAUGCUGAAUUUGUAUCGUUGACAUAACAUGGAUAACAUUGGUUUAACAUUUUAGAAAAUUGUUGACGAAAGUCAAUUAUGUUUUUACCAUGUUAUUUAUUGAUUGAUUUAUUUUUCUCAGGGACAUGUUGUUGGUUCUGCCAUCACAGGGGGUUUGGGAGGUGGUAACAGCCAUGAGUCGGCCCCAGCUCCUGCCGCUGCCCCAGCACCUGUAGCUGCCCCCGCUGCACCAGCCCAGCCACUAUACAACAAUGCUGAUCAGAGGGCCAAUCCUUGCCAGUAUCAACUUCAACAAUUCCUUGAAUGCACACAGACACAACAUGAUAUAAGCCUUUGUGCUGGGUUUAAUGAAGCCUUGAAGGAAUGCAAGUUUCGAUAUGGUGAGUUAAGAUUUGAUUUUUGUGUUUUAGUUUGAUAGCUGCUGUUUAGUAUUUCAUAAUUUUAUCACUAUUCUCUUGAGAACAAAGUUAUGAGCCCAAGGAUGGAGCUAGUAAGGGGAUAUUGAUUGGUUGUUGUUUUUUUUUGUUGUUGUUGUGAAUUAAGUCAUUUUUUUCCAUUGAACCAAUUCUUUUUCAGAUUAGAUAACAAAUAAACUCCUCACAAAUGUCAAAAACAGUUCACUUAGCAAUGGUUAGCAAUCAGUCUAAGGACCGUACUCUUGUCAUUGAUGAGGAUUAUAUGUAGCUUCUUAAAAAUUUAUGAUCCAUGAGGUUCACUGACUUCGCUUAACUUUGUUUAAUUUCAUGAAAAGUAAUUUGAGAGUUAUUUGCUUCUGUAGCUAUUAAUCCAUUUGUCUGUUCACAGGUCUACAAUGAAACAGUAACAGAAGUCAAGUAAUCUCAGGCCCUCCAGAUGGUUACACCAGUCAAAUGUACAUAGUGCAGAUGGGCAUACAAGUGACAUUAACAAAAUUUAGAGUGAAUUUAUUUAUUUAGACUCAUAGUCAAGAGAACCUAGAGAUAGUUCCAGUUUAUUUGUUAAAUGAAAGAGGUGGUAUUAUAUGGGCUUUGAGUUUUCCAAUUUUCUUUUUCACUUCUGUUUGAAAGAUCCUUCAUUAAAUUUCUCUAAUUUAUCUUUUUUUUUUUUUUUGCCCCUAAUUUUACAUUUUGAAACUGAAUUGAAGAGUGUACAAGUUUUUAAAAACUUUUAAGUAGUACUUGUACAGUAUAAAUGAAUAAAUUCCUCAGACCUCAAGUCUAGCCACAAAAAAAACAAACACUUAUUUUGGAUGGUUGUCUGUGUGCAGUAAAGAAGAGCACUGUCUGGUUUUUUAACAUUGUUGUAUGCAAUAACCACAUUGUAUACUGAAAAUAACCUACAGAUAUUAUAAAUAAAUGGUCAUGCACAAAAUUGUUGAAUUUGCUUGAAAGUCAUUUUGUCAUGUCAGUUCAAUUCGUUUGCUUUGUGAUUUUGAUUUAUAAAAACAACUUGAAUUAAACUUGCACUUGCUCGCUAGUUAACAAUUUUCCUAAAUUCUAAGCCAAAAUUAAAUGUUUGUCUAAUCUCAAAGAGCUGAAAUUAUAGGAAGAUCAUAGUCUUGACAACACCUUCAAUAAAUUUUUUGCAG